AUGAGCCUUCCGCGUGAGGGCGUGGAGUUCAUGGUCCACAACUUCUUCAAUUCACAACCAGUCACAGGAGCCGCAAUCUACUACCUUGGAAGAAUCCUGCACGACUGGCCGGAUGAAAAGGCAGUGGAGAUCCUCAAAGAUCUCAUUCCCGCUAUGGAAGCGGACUCCCGGGUUCUGAUUAAUGACAUGGCACUGCCAUACACAGGCGUACACUGGUGGGUGGCCAGAGUGGAUCUGCAGAUGUAUACUAUGCAUGGCGCAUUGGAGCGGAACGUUGAUCAGUGGCAUACCCUUGUGGAAAGGCAGGCUUGA